AUGGGCGGAGUCACCUCUUCGAUCGCCGCCAAGUUCGCGUUUUUCCCGCCGCAGCCGCCCUCCUACACGGUGGUCGCCGCCGAGGGUGGUGCAGACUCUACGCCGCCGAGGCUUCUCAUUCCCGAGGUUCCGAUGAAGGACAACGUUGAUGUGCUCAGACUUCGGACGCGCCGAGGUAACGAAAUCGUUGCGGUGUAUGUUAAGUACCAUAGACCCACCUGCACCAUGCUCUAUUCUCACGGGAAUGCCGCGGAUUUGGGCCAAAUGUUCGAACUUUUCGCCGAAUUGAGCCACAGGCUUCGCCUCAAUGUUAUGGGGUACUUUUCCCUUUUUCAUUUGGAUGUUGUUUGCAUUAAUUUGUUGUCUGUGAUGAUCUUGGCGGAACGAGAAUGUUCUGUUCGGCUUGGUCCAUUCCUUAUCAAUGAAAUUGACAUGUUCGUGCUUGUUAGGGAGGAUGACUUGAAAAGGGAUAGAAAGCUGUACUGGUUGCUCUCAUUUAGAGGAGCUGGAUCUGGUAUUAUGGCAGACUUCAUGGUUCCUUUUAUGUCAGAGGGCAUGAUGCCACUAUAUGUUACCACUGUUCAUCACUUGAAUAUCCACCCUACAAAUAUUCUAAACACUGUGGAUGUAGUUCUUCUCCAUGGAGCUCAGGUCAUUCUGCAUGCACUACUUACUGGUCUAAAGGACCUUCCACACAAGCAUCUUAUGAUUACUCUGGGUAUGGACAGUCAACAGGAAAGCUCUUUAGAACCCCUUGAUAGCUUGUCUAGAUCAUUAGAGCAAAGUUUCAGGGAAAAUGUUGGUUCUUUGCCGUAUGUGCCAACUGAAUAUAAUACAUACGCAGAUAUUGAUGCUGCAUAUAAAUGUCUAAAAGAGAAAUACGGGGUGAAAGAUGACCAGUUGAUAUUGUAUGGUCAAUCUGUUGGAAGUGGUCCCACACUUGAUCUUGCUUCGCGGAUACCAGAAUUCAGAGGUGUUGUCUUGCAUAGUCCAAUUUUGUCCGGGCUUAGAGUACUAUACCCUGUAAAACGGACAUACUGGUUUGACAUUUACAAGAAUAUUGAUAAAGUUGGUGCAGUCAAAUGUCCUGUUUUGGUUAUACAUGGAACAGCAGAUGAAGUUGUGGAUGUGUCCCAUGGGAAGCAGCUCUGGGAGCUUUGCAAGGUAAAGUACGAACCCUUGUGGGUAAGUGGUGGUGGACAUUGUAAUCUUGAGCUUUACCCAGAAUUCAUUAAACAUCUAAAGAAAUUUGUACAGACAAUUGGAAAAUCCAAAGCAACUGCAAAUGGUUCUAAAAAGGAAACUGUAGAAUCUGAGAAUGAAGGCAAAGCUAGUAAAGAAUCUGAAAGUGGAACUUCUGGUACUUCUGAAUUGAGUAAAGAAAUCCCUGAAGUUUCUAGAAACAGUUUAGACAGCCGUCUUGAGAAAUCUAAAAAACCAGAGAAACCAGAAAAAUCUCGUAUGAGCACAGACCAUGUUGAUAGGUUUAGAAGAAGAAAGGGGUUAGUUUGGUAG